UUUUCAUUGUUACUUCCGUAGCUGUAAGCUAAUAACCACAGGAAAUCGACUCUGUGCAAACCCACUUUUUGGAGUCAUUGACGUUCAUAGAAAACAGUUAUCUUUAAAAUGUCUACUCCGCUGCUGCUCCGGGCUUUUGUAAAUGAGCGAAUGAAAGCUGCUGUCGAGGAAAUAUUUCAGGUUUUUGAACAAACCAUCGCAAAAUAUGAAGAAGAAGCUUCCAGCUCACAUCAGGAGAUUGAUCGACUCAGAGGGCUGCUGCUGGAAACGACAAAAACAGACUCUUCUCAGUCAUCCAUCUGUAAAGAAGAAACUCUCCCCGAGGAGCACAACUGUGAGCAGGAGCUGAGCGUCUUUCAGAGGGACCCAGAGCCUCGUAUCAUUAAAGUGGAGCAUCAUGAACUGUGGGCCAAUCAGCAACAAGAAGAAGAACAAGAGUUUAAGGAUGCUGAUGUUUCGUACUUUCCUCAUUCAUCUGUCUGGGAGAAAAACAAGCUGGGGGACACAAGACCGACUUUGCAACCUCAGACUCAAAACAGUGAAAGUGAGGAGCAUUGUCAGGAUGUAACUAAAUCUGUACAGUUCAUUCUACCUCUUGCCCGAACUUCGUCUUCACAAACUGAAAGGAAAAAUGAAAGUGUCCAAGAUGCUAGGGUAAACGAAAGAUGUGCUGCAAGUUUAUCGUCAAACCAGACACAGACGGAACAAAGUCAGCUUUCCUUUAUCACUUCCAUAGAAUCCACUGAGUUACCACAUUUGAAUUCAGUUGCACCUGACUAUUGUUGCUCUUUGUGCGAUAAGUCUUUUUCCUCCAACCACCACCUGAUAAAUCAUGCUUUUCGCAUCCAUUCAAUUGGCGCAGUCCCCUGUGCUGUGUGUGGAAAGACCCUGGAGUCCUCCGAAAGCCUUAACGUGCACCUUAAUACACACAAGGGCUCAAAAUGUUGUGGUGUGUGUGGUAAACAGUGCACCAGCACCACCGCUCUGACAGAACACAUGGCCAGCCACGCCGGGGUCAAACUGCAUCGCUGUCAUGUUUGCGGGAAAGAGUGCAGCCGGAAAGGAGAUUUAAAGAUUCACAUGAGGAUUCAUACGGGCGAGAAGCCCUUCUGCUGCACUCACUGUGAUAAAGGUUUCACCCACAGCGGGCAUCUGAAGAAGCACAUGAGAAGCCACACAGGAGAGAGACCACACCGGUGUGAUAUCUGCGGCAAAGGAUUUCUACAGAAAGCACACCUGAAAUACCACUUAGGGACUCACACUCAGAAAUAUUGACUUUUUCAUCCACUUGGGCCCGUGUUGAUCACAAUGUUAUUUGCUCAGGGCGAGCACUAAUCAAGCUACUCCUUACAGCAAAGCAUAAAGGUAACAUUUAGGAGCAGCUUUCGAGCGAUAAUCAGAGCAGGAUACCCAAUCGGAGACAACAAGUUACCCUACAUCUGCCAUAUUGUUCAUUCAGUUAAAGUCCUUACAUUUUACUGAGAGAUGUUUUUAUAUUUUUAAAU